AGUGCACUUUCACUUUGGUUUCUGUCCGUCGUGUUUAAUGAAGAGAAACAACAUAGACAUAGCACUUUAAACCUGGUGAAAAUGAAGCUUAUCUAUAUUUCGCCCUUAUUGCUCUGUUGUUUACUCAACCAUGGUGUGUUUGGUGAGUCAGUGUCAGGAAUGGAGGGAGAUACAGUCACUCUACACACUGGUGUUAAAACAAACCAACAAGAAAAGAUUAGAUGGUAUUUUAAAGACGGUCGUAUAGCUCAAAUCAGUGGAGAUCUCGGUUUCAUCUGUACCGAUGUUCAGUGUGAAGAUGCUGAUGAGAGAUUCAGAGACAGACUGAAACUGGAUCAUCAGUCUGGAUCUCUGACCAUCAUGAACACCAGGAGCACAGACUCUGGACUUUAUCAACUGAAGGUCAUCAGCAGUAGUGGCUCCAGUGAAAAGAUCUUCAAUGUUACCAUCUAUGGUUUUUUUGCUGUUGGUGAAGAUGGAGUGUUAGUGUUUGUGAUGGAGGGAGAUUCAGUCAGAUUUCAAACUAGUGUUAAAGCAAACCAACAAGGCAGAAUUAGAUGGUAUUUUAAUGACACUCGCAUUGCUCAAAUUACUGGAGAUCAGAGUAAGAUCUGUACAGAUGAUGAGUGUGAUCAGAGAUUCAGAGACAGACUGAAGCUGGAUCAUCAGACUGGAUCUCUGACCAUCACAGAACACCAGAACCACAGAUGUUGGACUUUAUAAACUAAAGAUUGCAAGCAGAAACAACAACGAGAGUGACAAGACCUUCAUUUUUGCCAUGUGUGGUGUUUCUGCUGCUGAACGAAAUGAAACAAAGUCAGUGAAAGAGGGAGAAUCUGUUACUUUACAUCCUGGUAAAAUAAAAAACCCAAAUGAUUGUAAGAUGUGGUAUUUUAAAGACAUUCUUAUAGCUGAAAUCACUGGAGAUCCCAGUGAAACCUGUACAGAUGAUCAGUGUGAAGAGAGAUUCAGAGACAGACUGAAGCUGGAUCAUCAGACUGGAUCUCUGACCAUCACAAACACCAGAACCACAGACUCUGGAGAUUACACACUACAGAUCAGCAGGAGCAGAUUUAGCAUCAGUAGAACAUUCAUUGUUUCUGUCACUACUGUUCCAGCUCCAGCUGCUGCAGGAGGAAUAUGUGCUGCUAUUGGCGUUCUACUGGUGGCUGCAGUUGUUUUUGUGAUUUACCGUUGGCACAGAUCAAGACAACAUGGCAAGUAUUACAGCUGAUCUUACAAAAUGAAAAUAUGUAUUGUGCACACAGAAUCUUUUAAACAUAUUAAGGUGUUUUUAUCCUAAUUGACAAAAUUACGUUUUUUAUUGUAUUAUUAAUUAUUAUUUUUAAAACAGGAACCGGUGCGCAAUCAUGAACUAGAGGCCCUUAAUCAGAAUGGCAAUACACAAAAUGAUGUUGCUAAAGGAGCAUCCACUGUCCAUUCACCACCAUAAACAUUUACUCAACUAUGACGACUUCCACCUCUGAGAAUCGCAGACAGUUGAAAAGAGUCCAUAACAUGCAUUCAGAACCAAAGUUCAGUGCAUGUACAGUUCCCAGUCGCUGCGUUCAGACCAUAGACUGUAAAAAAGAUGGACGACGCAACUCUGCUUCCUUCCACUAUAGAAAAGUGAAGCGAAUACAUCUCAGUAUGGCCGCUGCCAUCUUGAGUAAAUGAUGUCAUUUGGAGCCCGAGUCUGCGCAGUAGAGAUUCGUUUGGAGCCAGAGUCUGCGCAGUAGAGUCGUGAGGUGGACCCCCGUUUUUAUAGCAUCAAAUUACUAGCUAAAAUCAAACAUAUCACAAAAAUGAACAAUUGAACAUAUAUCAGCGUGAUAACAACUACCUUAAAUGACCAAAACCAUAUUCCGGAAAAUUGUAUUGGAAGUGUAAUUAAUUUUUUUAUUUUGACUGAAGUCCCAUUCGUUUACAUGGAGAGGGGUUUAUGACCUGUACUGCAACCAGCCACCAGGGGGCGAUCAAAGAGCCCGCAGCUUCACUUUUAAGGAUGAGUGAGACACACCCAGUUCAGACAUGGAAAAAGCCACUGCAAUAAUGCCACCUGAGAUACUGCAAGUAUAAAUGCUGUUUUUUCCUUGGCAUUUCGAAGAAGAAAGCUGUCAGUCGACCAGAGACAAAAACAUACAGAUUUUUGUAGGACAUUUGUAAACAUGUGCAUAAUGCAUAUGUUUGAAACUGAGAAGAUAGUCAAGCCUCAAGCAUUUACAUGUUUACUUUUUUCCUAUUGAUCAGAUUAUUUCAGAUCUACACCACCCCUUUUAGUCUGAUCGAAAUUUCAUUCACAUUGAUUAAGGUGUUUACAGGAAGGCUUGUCAAUCCAACUGAGCCAUCAAUCAGAUUACCAACAGAAUGAAUAUUUGUUUGCAUGUAAAUGUUAUCUUGACAUAUCAGAUGUUUUGUUUACAUUAAUGUAUUACUGGCUGUGAACAUAAGUAUCUUUUCAAGAUGGACAUUUUUUGCCAAAUAGUCACAUUUAAAAAUGCAAGCACUCUUUAUGUAUAUGUGCAAAUGAGCAUUUUAAGGCAAUGACUGACCUGAAUCUGUACUACCAAUACUGUAGAAAUACUGAUAAUAUUUAGGGUGAAUCCCAUUUCUCUGUCUUACCCCUUCCCCUACGUCUUACCCCUAGCCCUUGUCCCUCGAAACCGAGUGGUAAGCGCUAGGGGUGAAAACAUACCCCUAUGAAAUGAGACACCACUUGGUUACGGUUACGUCAUCAUACACCGUCGCUAGCUGGCUGCUACGUCACCAGAGCCGACAAGUGUUGAUCACGAACUUUGGAUCGUUUUACAAACUUGUUAAAACUGUAGACAUGCAUGGAGUCCAUUCAAGGCUAGUCUGCGGGACUGUUGUGCAAAUCAGCAAUGUAACGUUAGCGUCGCAAACUAGCGAUUUUUUAAAAACGUUUCAAUUAAGAACAUGGUUGCAAAUAUAUAUGUACAGGACUGUCUAGAGCACAAAACAAGACUGUCGUAAUUUUUAAAUAAAUUAUUUAAGCCGAAAAUACUUGAUUGUUGCCGGUUGCGCAGUGUGUUCUGG